AUGAAGGAUUUGGGUAAGCUGAAAUAUUUUCUCGGUAUUGAGGUCUCUCGGGGCCCCGAUGGUUUCUGUCUUUCCCAACGGAAGUACGCUCUCGACAUCAUUUAUAAAGCUGGGCUCUUAGGUGCCAAGCCUUCUCCUGUUCUGCUGGACCUUAACCAUAACCUCACUUUUGUCAAAGUUCAUGUGUUUGCCAACCCGGCACAGUAUCGCCGCUUAGUUGGUCGCUUCAUUUAUUUGACCAUCACGAGGCUGGAUUUAACUUACGCAGUCCACAUAUUCUCGCAGUUUAUGCAGUCUCCUAUUGUUGCUCAUUGGGAAGCAUCUCUUCGCCUUGUAAGAUACCUCAAAGGGUGUCCUGCCCAAGGCAUUCUUCUUCGUUCCGACAGUGAACUUCAUGUUAGUGCAUAUUGUGAUUCUGAUUAUUAUGGUUGUCCUUUGACUCGUCGAUCUCUCUCGGCCUAUAUUAUGUAUUUGGGUGACUCACCCAUCUCUUGGAAGACUAAGAAGCAGAAGACGGUGUCUUCUUGCUCCGCUGAGGCUGAGUAUCGAGCCAUGGCAUAUACUCUCAAAGAAAUUAAAUGA